UAUCCUAACAGAAAACUAGAUCAUUCCCCGGCAAUCGGAUCAUAAAAAUCUCCGACGGCGUCACAAAAAGAUAACCCUACGCUCCUCCAACGGCAAUCAAACGCCACGCUCCACUUCUUCUUCGCUGGAGCCUCUCACAGUGCUACUGCAACUCGCAUCAAGAUUCAAGAACUGGAAUUCUAUGCUAGAAAGCUGAAACCUUGCUGUGAAAUGCUGUUGCGAGUCCAAGUUCAAUGACCGAAAUGAUUUUUUGAUGUUCAUUUACGUUCGUUGUAUGAGCUGGUUUUCGUUAUCCUCUCAUUUUCCUAGGUUCUCUCGGUCCAGCUUUUUCUUCUAGUGAUUUCUCGGGAAAAUGUACCCGGGUGGAUACACCGCUGAAGUUACAAGCUUGUCCUCUAAAGCUACAGAAGAGGAUGUUUACGAUUUUUUCAGUCACUGCGGUGCAGUUGAGCAUGUUGAAAUCAUCAGAUCUGGUGAAUAUGCCAGUACCGCAUAUGUGACAUUCAAAGAUGCUUUUGCUCUGCAGACUGCUAUACUACUCAGUGGAGCUAGGAUUGUAGAUCAAUGUGUAUGCAUAACAAGGUGGGGAAGUUAUACUGAUGAAUCCGAUGCUUGGAACAGUCCUUACAACCCCGAAGGCAAUACUAGCUUAACGACUUAUCACACGAGUCAGUUCAUCUCUACUCCUGGAGAAGCAGUAACUGUUGUCAAAACAAUGGCAGCCAAGGGAUAUGUUUUGGGAAAAGACGCAUUAACCAAGGCCAAAGCUUUCGACGAGUCCCAUCAACUCUCAGCAACUGCAGCAGCCAAGGUUUGCGAGCUCAGCAACAGAAUCGGCCUCACUGAAAAAAUUUACGCAGGCAUGGAAGUUGUUAAAACCGUGGACGAGAAGUUCCAUGUUUCAGAUAUCACCAAAUCAGCUGCAACCGUUACUGGAACGGCAGCUGUGGUGGCUGCUACGUAUACUGGGCAAGCAGCUGUGGCAGCAGGAAGCGCUGUGGUCAACAGCAGCUACUUUGCCAAAGGAGCUCUUUGGUUUUCAGAUGUAUUGACUCGUGCAAGCAAAGCUGCAGCCAAUUUGGGUACCCAUGGCGGUAAAUAAGGUCCAACAUUUGUCUAGAUUGUUUUGUGUCUACCAAUUUCUCUGCAAAUAAAUCAUCUUUUGUUACAUGCCAACUUUGGUUGGAAAUUGUUGGUGUUUAAAGUCGUAGUAUAUCACAUUCAAGCAUUGGUGCUUAAAGUGACAAA